AUGUCUCCUGGCCUCCAGAAUUUUCGCGACAUAGGUGGCUACUCUAUCUCUCUUACUCAAUGCAUCCGAGAAGGAAUAGUUUAUCGCUCUGCAAGCACUGAUCUCAUCGACAGAUCACAUGUUGAUGAGCUUCAAGCUUCUCACGACAUCCGGAUCAUCUUCGACUUAAGGAGCACUGGUGAGCGAGUGCAGCAAUCGUCUCCACCAGCCAAAAUCCCCAUCAUAGGUCUACCGGCAGUUGCCAAGCCUGAUGGAAUUACCCUCAAGAGAUACUUCGAUGGUCUAUUGACUAAUGCGCCACUAGCAUGUGCUGAGCUUUACCAACAUAUCUGUGCCCACUCGAAUGCCGCAUUUCAUGCAAUUUUCAAGUAUAUCCGGGAUAGCCCGGGAAAACCCAUUCUUGUUCACUGCGAACUUGGGAAGGACAGGACUGGAGUCUUUAUUGCUGUUCUCCUAUUUGUGCUAGGUGUAUCGGAGUACGAUAUCAUUACAGAUUACGCCUUGUCACAGAAAGGCAUAGAGGGACUCGUGGUGGCGAGGAAAGAAAAACUUUCGAGAUCGGAUUUCAUGAAAGAUGUUUCGCCUUCGCUGGUUGCUUUGGAUAAUCACUUCAUGGCACUUCCGGAGUCCAUGAGCUUGUUCCUUUCUUAUUUGAAAGAUGCCUAUGGUAACGGCCAGGGCUACUUGGAAUCAAUUGGCUUACGGGUUGAAGAUUUUGAUAAAAUCAGAUCGAACAUGACUCGGGAGGUGUAG